AUGCAGCCUAAUCUGUUCCCAUUCGGCACAGUUUUGGGUAAUCCUUUUCUCUUCAAUGGCGGCGAUCUAAGCGAGCUUGGUGCUUCUGGUGGGUUCGAGAGCUCAAGGGUUUUCUUCUUACUCCCUCUCUUAUUGUCCCAAGGCGAAGGGAUGGAUUUCUCCAAAGUCGGCGAAAAAUUCCUCAGCUCUGUUAAAUCCGCUACAUCGCUUGGACUCUUACCCUCUUCUCCUUCUUCCUCUGAUCGCCCUGAGAUUCCGGCACGUGCUGCAGCUGCAGCUGCUGUUGCUCGUGCUUUAGCUGGGCUUCCUUCUGAUCAGAGGUUAAGUAUAUCUUCUAGUGCUACUGAGCUUAGCUCAAUCUAUGGGAACAGGCCUCCUCCUCAAGAAGUUGAAGAGCUUGAAGAAGGUUUCUAUGAAGAGGAUUUUGAUCCUGUGAGGCAUAUUUUGGAAAAUGUACCAGAUGAUCAAAGUGAGCUAGCUUAUUUUGAGAAGCAGGCUACACUGAGGUUGGUACAGUUGGAUAGAGUGGCGGAAAAUCUGUCUCACCAUGUUAUGGAGCAUCAUGAAGUAAUGGUGAAGGGGAUGAAUUUGGUUAGGGAAUUGGAAAAAGAUUUGAAGAUUGCGAAUGUCAUCUGUAAAAAUGGGAGACGAAAUUUGACUUCAUCUAUGAAUGAGGCUUCAAGAGAUCUGAUUGUACACACUCACUCCAAAAAGAAACAAGCUCUUCUGGACAUGCUUCCUAUACUAACCGAUCUUCGCCAUGCAAGAGUGAUGCAGUCAACUCUUGAAGACCUUGCUGAAGAUGGAAACUAUUGCAAGGCAUUUCAAGUUCUAUCCGAGUAUUUGCAGCUGCUUGACAGUCUAUCUGAGUUCUCAGCAAUCCAAGAGAUGACCCGUAAUGUUGAGGUUUGGUUAGGAAGAACUCUUCACAAGCUGGAUUCACUUUUGCUGGGCGUUUGCCAGGAGUUCAAAGAAGAUAGCUAUUUAAUGGUCCUUGACGCUUAUGCACUGAUCGGUGAUGUAUCUGGUCUCGCCGAGAAGAUACAAAGCUUCUUUAUGCAGGAGGUUAUCUCAGAGACCCACUCAGUGCUAAAGACCAUUGUUGGGGAGGAUAACAGUGCUGCCACCCAAUUUAGUAGACUUACCUACAGCGAUCUAUGUAUUCAGACACCAGAAUCCAAGUUUAGGCAAUGUCUUUUGAGAACACUGGCUGUGCUAUUUCAGUUAAUAUACUCAUACCAUCAGAUAAUGAGCUUCGAGCCAGAAAUAACGGUAGAAAGUUUCAUCUCACCAAGUCCUGCAACAACUCAAAAGAUUGAUUCAGUAGCAGGCAGUUCAUGCGACCCACAGGAUGGUGGUCUUUCUUCAGCUAUGAGUUCGGGAAGCAUACCUGAUGGAAGUGGAACAUCAAGUUCUGUGGAGCAGGCGUCCAAUAGUGCAGUAGAUGAGUCUAGGGAUUCUGGAGAUACAGUAUGCGAUGGCGACUUAGCAUGGUACUCUCUACGGAAAGAGAGUGCUACUUUUGUCUCAAAAACGCUGCAGAGAGGACGGAAGAAUCUUUGGCAACUUACAACAAGCCGUGUGUCAGUUUUGCUCUCUUCCCCAGCUGCUUCUUCAACAAGUAUACAUCAGUUCCUAAAAAAUUAUGAAGACCUGAGCGUCUUUAUCCUUGCUGGGGAAGCGUUCUGUGGAUUUGAAGUUGUUGAUUUUAGGGAGAAGCUAAAGGGUACAUGGAAGAAACUGUCACCUGAUACUGUGCAAGCUAUUAAUUUUGCUGGUCUUGUGGGGGAUGGGGCUCCCCUAAUUAUUUCUUCCCGCAGUGCCUCUGGUUCUUCCAGAUUUCCUCACUCUAAUAAGUCAAAUGACUCAGUUGAUCCCAGUGGGAACAGGAGUGGAUUCUCAUAUUGGCUGAAAAGUGGAAACCCUUUCUCAGCAAAGUUAACUUACUAUAGAGAAGAUCAAGACUACUCCUCCGUCAAUGGAGCUGCCUCUAUAGAUUUUGAAGGGAGUGAUAGUAGUCACGAUGAUGUCGUGAAUCCCAAUAUAAGAGAUCACAAACGCAUUAACGGAGGUAGUCCUGUUUCAGGCGAUGAAAACGAAGACCUUCAUGCUGACUAUAUUGAUGAAGAUAGUCAGCUUCCAAGACGAAGUUUUACACGUAGUAUAUCAAGGAGUACUUCUUCGCAUUUGAGUACUAAUGAUGAUUUGACAGCUCAAACUGGAUCUUCCCUUUGUCUUCUAAGAUCAAUGGAUAAGUACGCAAGGCUUAUGCAGAAACUAGAGAUUGUUAAUGUUGAAUUCUUUAAGGGAAUAUGCCAAUUGUUUGGGGUCUUUUUCUAUUUCGUGUUUCAAGUAUUUGGUCAAGAAAAUACAAAUUCAGGUGGAAAAGGAGUUGCUGACUCUUUCAAUCAUCGUUUGAAAAGCAGCUUAUCCCGGAUAUCACAAGAAUGUGAGCAAUGGAUAAAACCUCAGUUUUCAUCAUCACCAUCCUCCUCACUUGCCUUUCCCAACACUGUUCAUAGCCUUGCAGACGUGACUCUAGCAAAUCCCUUAAAUACAAUUUCUGGUCACUUAUCAGGCGUAUCUUUUAGUCUCAAGGUUGGUUCCGUACCUGAUCUAACAGAGCACUUACAUAGGACAACUGCGAGGAUACUGCUGCAUGUUAAUGGAUAUGUCGACCGGAUUGCUAAUUCUAAAUGGGAAGUCAAGGAGCUUGGAGUGGAGCAUAAUGGGUAUGUUGAUUUGAUGCUCGGGGAAUUCAAACACUACAAAACAAGGCUUGCUCAUGGAGGCAUUCCACAGGAGGUCCAAAACCUUCUACUGGAAUAUGGAGUGGAAAUAUUUGCGGAAAUGCUCGUUGAAGGUUUAUCUCGAAUAAAAAGAUGUACUGAUGAAGGACGUGCUCUCAUGUCACUAGAUAUUCAGGUUCUAAUAAACGGGCUACAACACUUUGUGCCAACAAAUGUGAAGCCGAAGUUACAAAUAGUCGAUACAUUUAUCAAGGCAUACUAUCUACCAGAGACGGAAUAUGUUCACUGGGCAAGGGCUCAUCCGGAAUAUACAAAAGGACAAGUCAUUGGACUAGUGAAUUUAGUAGCCACCAUGAAAGGCUGGAAGAGGAAAACACGGCUAGAAGUUGUCGAUAAGAUUGAAUCAGCUGCUGCAUAG